CUUCAAUCAACCCCAAACCCAGACAAUCUAGGUUAUACCAAUCCCGCAGGUGUCUGCACAGGAUACAAAUACAGGAAGUGUUUGGCUGCUUCCUCCUUUUGCCUCUAGACCACAUGCUGUAUUUAUCGGACACAACAAGAAGCCCCAUAGAAGACUAUUAUUUUAGAAGACUACUAUUCAAAGGAUCUAAGGAAGAAGAACCAUGUUAACUCGAACCUUCAUGUUGGCCUUGGUGUCUGUGGCAGCAUCUCAGGACAUGCUGAACAUGUGUAUGGAUGGCAAGCAUCACAAGACAUACCCGGGUCCAGAGGGAAAGCUGUUUCAGCAGUGCUCUCCUUGGAAAAAAAAUGCCUGUUGCAUGGCCAACACCACUGAGGAGGCCCACAACGACAUGUCCUACUUGUACAACUUCAACUGGAACCACUGCGGGGUCAUGUCAAAUGCCUGCAAGCAACACUUCAUCCAGGACACCUGCUUCUAUGAGUGCUCCCCUCACCUGGGGCCCUGGAUUCAACCAGUGGACUCAACGUGGCGAAAGGAAAGGAUUCUGAAUGUGCCACUUUGCAAGGAGGACUGUGAAACAUGGUGGGAAGACUGCAAGAAUGAUUUCACCUGCAAGGAGAACUGGCAUCAGGGCUGGAACUGGACCUCAGGUUAUAACGAAUGCCCCACAGGGGCGAAGUGCCAGAAUUUCACCGAGAUUUUCCCCACCGCCCAGAGCAUGUGUGAGAAGAUCUGGUCCAACUCCUACAAGUACACCACCUACAACAAAAACAGCAGCAAGUGCAUGCAGAUGUGGUUUCCCGAGGGCCCAAACCCCAACAAAAAGGUGGCGGAGCACUACCUGAACAAGGCCCCCUCACCUGGCAUAACAGCAUCCCUUUUCUUCCUUUCAGCCAUACUCUCAGCGCUAUUGCUCUAA